UAGGUUCAUGCUAGCAAUUGUAUAUACGUUACGUAUACAUAUCCUUGCAAUGUGUACAUGGCACUUGUCAAAUCGGAGGUGAAGAGGAACGUCACACCGAAACCAUGGAGGGUGGUCAAUCAAAAGACACGGAUACGCAGUUUAUAUCCUUCCACGAUUUCCCAUCGAUGAGUCAUGCCGGCAACACCGAGGGACAGCUGGGUUCCGGAACUUCCACCCAGCCGCCCUUUAAUAACCUCCCAAAUGACUCUAUGGAUAUCGGCAUGAUAGAAGAUCUGCAGGGAAUGCCUGACAGAACCGAAGGUACUCCUCGUAGCUUCUGGACAAUCGAAUAUUAUCAAAAAUUUUUCAACGUCAACACGAAUGAUGUCUUGGAGAGACUCAAACGAUCCAUGAUACCACAUGGUAGCGACAAUUAUCUUAUAACACACAUAAGGCCGAAUCCAGACUUAUAUGGACCCUUCUGGAUAUGUGUCACUUUGAUAUUCUGCAUUGCGAUCAGUGGAAACAUGGCAGACUAUUUGCAGACCAUUAAUUCUGACAAGUAUCACUGGAAAUACAACUUCCACGUCGUGUCAUAUGCGGCUACUUGUAUAUUUUUAUAUGCAUGGUUUCUACCAUUAGUACUGUGGGGUGCAUUAAAAUGGACUAGUAGUUCAAGAAAUACCGAAGAAGAAUUGAUUGAGUCUUAUGCUGUCCCAGGGCUCUUAGAACUUUUAUGUCUGUAUGGAUAUUCCUUAAGCAUUUAUAUUCCAAUUACUUUUCUGUGGACAAUUCAAAUUAACUGGUUGCAAUGGAGUCUAGCCAUAUUAGCGACGUUUUUAUCUGGAGGAGUUUUACUGAGAUCAUUGUUUCCUGUAAUCACAGGGAGACAUAGGAUUAUAUACGUUGUUGUAAUUCUGGGUAUGCAUCUGCUAUUGGCAGCAGGAUUUAUAUUAUAUUUUUUUCACGCGUCAUCCAAGUUUACCGUAACAACCAAGAGUGAAUUGAUGGCUUCCUCUACACAGGCCAAUGUAUUGCAUAAACUAGCACAAAACAGUUCUAUUAUAGAGCCAACGUCGGCAUCUUGAAAUCUCCAGCUAUGGACCUGGUAAUUUAUCUCCAAGACUAUCGAAUUGUCUAUUCAUUAUGUGUAUAUCGAAUUUUACUUGAAGGAAUAUUGUCCCUGAUUUAUAUAUCAAUCAAAAUAUAUACCGCACAUGGCGCUAAUAAAUUUUCAUGUAGAAAAAUUGGUAUUUAUACUACAAUUGUAAACUCUAUAAUAAGGUAAGAAUAAAAUGUAUCCUGAUCUUUA